AUGCGUUCGCUCUGCCACAUGAGAACGGAGCAGGAAGGCGUCCUGUUGCAGAGUUCCCCUGGAAAACAACUCGGGCCGUUCACACCGCGGCGCAGCCGACAGGGGUCAGCCGCUGCUGCUACCCGCGGCGCCCGGCUGGGUCUCGAGCGAGCGACCCAAGAGCACGGAGGACGCGCCCGCCGGCUGCACCGGGCGGGACCCGUGGCGGCCGGCAGCCUGGGAGGUCUACGUUCCGGGCCGGGCGGCUUGAACCCGAGCGGCCGGGCCCCGCGGCCUCCGGCGCUCCGCCCGCCCGGCGUCCGUAACGGCGGCGGCGCGGCUUGGGGAGGCCAGGAGCGCGCGGCCGGAGGCGGCCGGCACGCGGCGCGCGCUGCGCUUCCCUGCGGAGCAGCCCGGCGAGGGGAAGCGCCCAUCGCGGGAGGGGGGGCGCGCGAUCGAGGCCUCGGCGCUGACAGCCGGCCCCGCCGGGAGAGCCCGGCGCGGGCGGCGGGCGUGUGUCGGGGGCCCGGCCUGUAUGCCUCCCGCGUUCAGUCUGGUGCCUCCUGCCGGAAGUCACUGGGCUAUGGAACAGGAAGUCCCGCCCCCUCCCCAAGUGAGGAAAACGGAAAAAUCCGAGAGGUCGGCUGCAAACCGGGGAAGACGCGGGUCAAUCAGGGUGGACGACUGGCGGCGUCCGACCCGGAGAGCCAAGCUGGGUUUGCGGGGCUCCCCGAGCGGAUUCCUGCCGGACGGUCCGCCGCCCUCCCAACCCCGUGCCCACCAGUCCACCCCCACUCUCCCGCCUUCGCGGAUCCCGGGGGAGGCCGCCGCCCUGGGCCCGAGCUGGCCGAGCGCUGCCCGGCGCUCGUCUUGUGGGGACAGGGUCUCUCUGCCGCUCCGGGCGCGUGCGCGGCUCCAGGGACUCAGGAAGACCUGAAGAGCGCCUCAAAAAAAGGGAUCCUCGGAGCCACGGGCGGAAUUCCGGUACUAACGGGGAGGCAGAGUUGCCAAAGGUGGUUGUUGGACGGUUUGGCAAGAGAAACCGAAGACACCUCGGGCGUUGAAGACGUCCCCCCGAAUCGUUUUUAUAAACGUGAAGAGCACAGCGCAAGAAGCACAACACGACGGAGCCUAGUAGACACCGCCCCUCCUGCCCCUUUUCAGGGAACUUAG